CCGCUCCUGGGCCUGCUGCCCGGCAGGUUCUCCGUCUUCCCGCUCUUCUUCCUGGCGCUGCUCCUGGGCUUCGCCUCGCUGCUCUGGCUCCAGCUCAGCUGCUCGGGCGAGGGGCCGCCCUGCCCGCCCCAGGCCCCCCUCCUGCCGGUGGAGGAUGAACCGUCGUGGGGUCCCCACCGCCUGGCGCUGCUUGUCCCCUUCCGGGAGCGCUUCGAGGAGCUGCUGGCCUUCGUGCCCUACAUGCACCGCUUCCUGAGCAAGAAGAGGAUCCGCCAUCACAUCUUCGUCCUCAACCAGGUGGAUCAUUUCAGGUUUAACAGGGCAUCCCUGAUCAACGUGGGCUUCCUGGAGAGCGGCAACGACACCGACUAUAUCGCGAUGCACGACGUCGAUCUCCUGCCCCUCAACGAGCAGCUGGACUACAGCUUCCCGGAGGCAGGGCCCUUCCACGUGGCAUCCCCGGAGCUGCACCCGCUCUACCACUAUAAGACCUACGUGGGUGGCAUCCUGCUGCUCACCAAGCAGCACUACGAGAUGUGCAACGGCAUGUCCAACCGCUUCUGGGGCUGGGGACGGGAGGACGACGAGUUUUAUCGACGCAUCAAAGGAGCCGGUCUCCAGGUUCGCCGUCCCUCUGGAAUCACGACUGGAUAUGAGACUUUCCAGCACCUGCAUGACCCAGCCUGGAGGAAGAGAGACCAGAAGCGCAUUGCUGCGCAGAAGCAGGAACAGUUUAAGGUGGACCGGGAAGGAGGUUUAAACAAUGUGAGGUACCGAAUUGAGUCACGGACAGCUCUGAGUGUGGCAGGAGCCCCUUGCACCGUCCUUAAUAUCUUGCUGGACUGUGACACAAGCGAGACCCCUUGGUGCACGUUUGGCUGAGCCUGUCUCCUGUGUGCCAGUCGUGUGCGCUGUGCUGGUGCCAAGAUGCCGGGGCUGCCGCCAAGCUGCUGGAAGCAGGCAGGGUUUUUGCAGCGGACAAGCAUGGCAGUGCUGGUGAGACACAGAGGAACAGAAAAGCCUGAGAACCGGGCUUUGCUGGGACCAACAGAAGAGGCUGAGAGCGGGACUCGGCGGUGUCGCUGCGGACACUGGUGCUGCCUCCCAGGCAGGUGCAGGAGACAGUUUUCCUGUGCUGGACAUGGCUGAGCUGCCACUCAGCUCAGAGGACAAUAAAGAACUAUCAGGGCACCUGUGAGUUGUGAAUGCCCUGGGCCGUGCU